GUUGGUUUUUUUAAAGUUUAUUUUGAUUUAGUUUGUUUUCUCGCGGGGCUCGUGUCAUGGCAGAGGGUGUGCGCCCUGAGGACUACUGCGACGAGCCCGUGGAGGACGAGUUUGGAGAGAUCAUCAAGUGUCGAUCGGAUGAGAGAGAAGACGUCCAGAAGAAAACAUUCACGAAAUGGGUGAACUCUCAGUUAGUUAAGACAGGGAAGAAGCCGGUGGAUGACCUCUUCUCAGACCUGUGUGAUGGGAGGAAGCUGCUGGAGCUGCUGGAGGGCCUAGCAGGACAUGAACUGGUGAGGUUGGAGAGAGGUUUCACUCGUGUUCAUUCUCUGAACAAUGUAAACCGAGCUCUGCAGAUCCUCCAGAAAAACAAUGUGGAGCUGGUGAACAUCGGGGCGGCGGACAUUGUGGAUGGGAAUCAUAAGCUGAUUCUCGGUCUGAUCUGGAGCAUCAUUCUCCACUGGCAGGUAAAGGAUGUGAUGAAGGAUGUGAUGGCGGGCCUACAGCAGACGAACAGUGAGAAGAUUCUGCUGAGCUGGGUUCGUCAGAACACGAGACAGUACCCUCAGGUCAAUGUGGUGAACUUCUCCAGCAGCUGGAAUGAUGGACUGGCCUUCAAUGCCCUCAUCCACAGCCACAGACCGGAGCUUUUUGAGUGGAGCUCGGUGGAGAAGAAGACGUCGCCCAUUGACCGGCUGGAACAUGCUUUUAAUAAGGCCGAGCAGCACCUGGGGAUAGAGAGACUGUUAGAUCCGGAGGACGUGGCGGUGCCCAACCCGGACAAGAAGAGCAUCAUCAUGUACGUGACCUCCCUCUUCAAGGUCCUCCCUCAGAGCAUCUCCAUGGAGGCCAUCCAGGAGGUGGAGACGUUACCGCGGGCAACCUCCUCCGCUACCCGGGUAACCACUGAGGAGCAUUACCAGAUCCAGACCCAGCAGCGCUACUCCCAACAGAUCACGGUGAGCGUUGCUCAGGGCGGCGUGCGGAGCCCCUCCCCUCAGCCGCGCUAUAAAAGCUAUGCCUACGCCCAGGCCGCGUACGUCAAGUCGCCCGAGCAAAAGAGGAGACGUGUUACGGAUCAGUUCCUGAGCACGGGCCACGAGGAGCUUCAGCGAGGCCUGAGUCCACUGCCGCCGGGGUCCACCAGUUUGGAGAGCUACCAGGCUGCACUCGAGGAGGUGUUGACGUGGUUGCUGUCGGCAGAAGAUGGACUCCAGGCCCAGCCGCCGAUCUCCGACAACGUGGAGGAGGUCAAAGAGCAGUUUCACACACACGAGGGCUACAUGGUGGAGCUGACCACGCACCAGGGCAGCGUGGGGAGGGUGCUCAGAGCCGGCGCCGCCCUGCUGGCCGAAGGGAACCUGAACGCGGAGGAGGAGCAGGAGGUCCGAGAGCAGAUGAACCUCCUGAACUCGCGGUGGGAGCACCUCAGGGUGGCGAGUAUGGAGCGACAGAGCAGGCUGCAUGAGGUGCUGAUGGAGCGGCAGCAGCAGCAGUUACAGCAGCUGACAGACUGGCUGGACGUGACUGAGACUCGCAUUAAAAAGAUGAACGCUCAGCCGCUGGGACCGGACCUGGAAGACGUCAAGCACCAAGUGGAGGAGCAUAAGCUGCUGCAGGAGGAUCUGGAGCUGGAGCAGGUGCGGGUCAACUCCCUCACGCACAUGGUGGUGGUGGUGGACGAGAGCAACGGGGACAGCGCCACCGCGGCCCUGGAGAGCAGACUGCAGGUGCUGGGAGACCGCUGGGCAGCUAUUUGCAGAUGGACGGAGGAACGUUGGAUUCUGCUUCAGGAGAUACUUCUCAAAUGGCAACACUUCACUAAUGAACAAUGCCUCUUCGACUCAUGGCUGACUCAGAAGGAGGAGUUGGUUCGUUCCAUUAAGACAUCGAACCUGAAGGAGCAGGCGGAGAUAGUCGCGUGUCAACGAAAGCUUUCCAUGUUAAAGAGCGAGCUGGAGGUGAAGCGGCCCACCAUGGACAAGCUGUGCUCCAUGAGUCAGGACCUGCUCUCCAGUGUGAAGGACAAGGACAUGGCCUGUAAACUGGAGGCCCGUCUGGACAGUCUCGCCCAGCGCUGGGAGCGGCUCCUGCAGAGUCUGGACCUCAGCAUAGCACAGCUGUCGUCGAGCAUCACGGCCUCGCAGCAGACCGAGGUAGUGCACUCCUCUGUCACCACGACGACCGUUACCAAGGUCUCCAGGGAGAAGGUGGCAGCACUGAGGCAGACCCGGGAAUCACCUCCGCCGCAGAAGAAGAGACAGGUCGUGGUGGAUUCUGAGCUCAGGAAAAGAUUUGACGUGGACUUCACUGAGGUGCACAGCUACAUGACCAGAGGAGAGGCCAUUUUACAAAGCCCGGAAUUCUCUGUCUCUCGAAAAGACGGGAGCAUCCAAGAACUAUACGACAAAGUCCAGGCUAUCGAGAGAGAACGUCCUGAAAAGUACCGAAAGCUCCAAGAGGCGACGCGGACGGCACAGACCCUCGUGGAGCAGGAGGGGACUCGUGCAGAGGACAUAGCUCAGGCGGCGGAGCAGUUGAACCAGCGCUGGAGCGGGUUCUGUGCUCUUUUGGCUGAGAGGCUGGGGUGGCUCGCGUAUCAGACCAAGGUCCUGGCGUUCUACAAUCUGUUCGCUCAAUGUGAACAAGCCGUGGACAACAGCGAGAACUGGCUCAAAGUCCAGCAGCCCCCCGCGGCCGAACCGGAGCCGCUCAAAGUGCAGCUGGACCGAUGCCGGGAGGAAAUCGCCCGUCUGUCCUCGCUCCAGCCUCAGGUGGAUCAGCUGGAGGCUCGGCUGAAGGAGCUGAAGGAGGAGAAGGAGGGCGAGGAGGGGGAGGAGGACCCUUCGUUCUUGGACGCCGACAUUAGCGCGUUUAAGGAGCACUACGAGAAGGUGCUGGAGGACCUGAGGGCUCGAGAGCGGCAGCUGCAAAUGGUUUUGGAAAGUUUACCGCCGGCUCGGUACAAGGAGACCAUCGCGGCGCUGUUGGCGUGGUUACAACAAUGCGAAGCCAAGCUAGCCGUCCCCUCCACCGCUGUCACAGAGUACCCCGUCAUGGAGCAGAGACUUCAGGACAUCCAGGCUCUGCAGGUGUCAGUGGAGGAGCACCAGGGGGAAGUGGACUACCUCACCGCCGCCGUGGAGCCCGUGUUCCAGAAAGCACCGCAAGAAAUCUGCCAGAAAUACCGCGCCGAGCUGGACGGGAUCUUGGCGCGUUGGAGACGGCUUGGCUCCACCCUCACGGACAGCGCUCAGAAGCUGCAGGAGCUGAUGGCGAAGCUCAUGCAAUUUGAGAACGAUGUGAAGACGCUGAAAAAGUGGAUGGCCGACGUGGACGUGUUUUUGAACGAGGAGUGGCCGGCGCUGGGAGACUCGGAGGCGUUGGAGAAGCAGCUGGAGCAGUGCACAGCUUUGGUGAACGACAUUCACACCAUCCAGCCCAGCGUCAACGGCAUCAAUGAAGUGGGCCUGUAUUUGAAGAAAGAAGCCGAGCCGCCAUUUGCAAUUCACAUCCAAAAAGAGCUGGACUCGCUGAACGCGCAGUGGGAGAUGGUCUGCAAGCAGGCGUACGCCAAGAAGUCUGCGCUCAAAGGAGGACUGGAUAAGACGAUGGCCCUCAGGAAGGAGAUGCAGGAGAUGCAGGAGUGGAUCAACCAGGCGGAGGAGGACUAUCUGGAGAGAGACUUCACCUACAAGACCCCGGAAGAACUGCGCAAGGCCGUGGAGGAGCUGAAGAAAGGCCAGGAGGAGGUGCACUCCAAAGAGAUCAAGGUGAAGCUUCUGACCGACAGUGUGAACAGCUUCAUCGCCAAAGCCCCGCCCACGGCCCACGAUGCAUUGCGCUCGGAGCUGGACGUGCUCGUGGCCAACUACCAGCGCCUGUGCAGCCGGCUGGACGGGAAGUGCAAAACGCUGGAGGAAGUGUGGGCGUGCUGGUGCGAGCUGCUUUCCUACUUAGAGCAAGAAAAUCUCUUCCUGGAUCAGUUGGAGCAGAAAUUGGAUGAAACCGAUAGUCUGGAGGGGAGGCCGGAGGAGCUGCAGGAGGCGCUGGAAGGUCUGGAGGUUCUUCUGCAGCACCCGGAGGACAACAGGAACCAGAUCCGAGAGCUGGCCCAGACCCUGAUGGACGGAGGGGUCCUGGACGAACUCAUCCAACAGAAACUCGACGCUUUCAACACGAGAUGGGACGAGCUCAUGGCCCGGGCAGCGCAACGGAAGAAGGAGCUGGAGGAGAACAUCAGACGGGCUCAGGAGAACGACAGAGCUCUGAGGGACAUCCAGGAGUCUUUGGCGAGCACCGACCGCCACCUGACCGCGUACCUGGCCGACCACAUCGACGCGCAGCAGAUCCCGCAGGAAGCUCAAAAAAUUCAAACUGAACUAACGGGGCAUGAAACGACUUUAGAUGACAUGAGGAAGAAGAAUCAGGAUAAGGAAAGGAUUCUCGGGCAGAUUGAUGCGACACAGAAAAUGCUGGGAGACGUUUGGACCAAAUUCCGGCUGUUCCAGAAGCCGGCGGACUACGACGCGCGGCUGUCCGAGUGCGAGCGCAUCCUGGCCGGGGUUAAAGCGCAGGUGGGGGUGCUGGACAUCCGCAGCGUGGAGCAGGACGUGGUGCAGUCGCAGCUGGAGCAGUGCAUGAAGUUGUACAAAAUCCUUAGUGAGGUCAAAGGUGAAGUCGAGACAGUGAUAAAAACAGGGAGGCAGAUCGUCCAGAAGCAGCAGACGGAGCAGCCCAAAGAGCUGGACGACAGAGUGACCGCUCUGAAGCUGCUCUACAAUCAACUCGGAGCACAGGUGACUGAGAGUAAACUGGAGCUGGAGAAGAGUCUGAAGUUGUCGAGGAAACUGCGUAAGGAGCUGAACAGUCUGACGGAGUGGCUGGCCGCUACUGACGCAGAGCUAACGCGGCGCUCGGCUGUGGACGGCAUGCCCAGUGACCUCGAGGCGGAGGUGGAGUGGGCUCAGUCCAUCCACGCAGAGACGGAGCGCAGGCAGCCGCAGCUCCAGGCCGUGGUGGAGCUGGCGGAGGCGCUGAAGGCGGUGCUCAGGGGUCAGGGGGGGCUGGUGGACGACAAGGUCAGUCUCCUCCACUGCAACUGGAUCGCAGUCACCUCCAGAGCAGAAGAGUGGCUCAACCUGCUGCUGGAUUAUCAGAGACAAAUGCAGAAACUCGAUGGACAGAUUGAGGAAGUGAACACGUGGAUCGAUGGAGCAGAGAAGAAGAUGGACGAGAUCGACAGCCAGGGACCCAACGACGCCGUGCUGAAGGUGUUACGCGCGGAGCUGGAGCUGACGAAGGAGAAGAUGGAGGAGGUGGGAGCCCUCGCCCAGGAGCUCAUGUCGACGCGCGGGGAGAACUGCCAGGCGCAAGUGGGGCCCAAAGUGGAGCAGCUUAACCAGCGUUUUGACGACAUCUCCCGCCGCAUCGCUACCGGCCUGACGGCAGCUUCGGCCAAAGAGCUGGAGCAGUACCACAGCGAGGCUCAGAUCUGGCUGGAACUACUGGAAGAGGAAGUGAAGCAAGGAGAGAACCUGAAGGAAGAGGAUUUUCAAGAAGACAAGGAUUGUGAAGAAGGGGCUGUGAAAGAGCUGCUGAUAAAAGGAGAGAAUCUGCAGAGGCGAGCGCCAGAUCAGGACAAGAGGGAGCAAGUCCGACUGAAGCACAACGCACUCAACAGUAAAUACAACACCGUCAAGGACCUGCGUGUACUGAGGAACCGAAAGGCGCUGGCCAUCGCUCCGCAGUGGUACCAGUACAGGAGGAAGUCACAUGACCUCCUGGCGUGGCUCGACGACAUCCAGCGCAGCGUGGAGCAACUCCCCGACCCGCCCGAGGGAGAACGGGUCAAGGAGAUUGGCUCAGAGUUCGACGCCAAGAAGGAGGAGCUUAAGGAGUUGCAGGGCUUAGCCAAUCAGCUGUGUGAGGGCGGGGCCGCCAAUCUGGUGGAGCCACGGCAGCUGCAGCUCAAAACGCGCUGGGUUGAGGUGGAGGGCAAGUUCAUUCCCUUCAAAAGACAAUGUGAGUACCUGACGGAGCUCCAGGCCUUGCUACGGCUCGUGUCGGAGACGGACUUCAAGCUGAACUCUCCGGAAUACUGGCCCGCGGCGUACUACAACCUCCCCCAGCAAGAGCUCUGCCUCUCGGAAGUGAAGGCGAGCAUAGACCAGCUCCAGGCCCCGGUGGAGGGAGCCUUGGCCCGGAGGGAGGAGAUGGUCCAGGGUGCGAGGCCGAUGGAGGCCCAGAGGAUCCAAGACACGGCCGCUCUGCUCGGCACCAACUGGGACAAACUCAACAAGCUGUACCAAGAUCGCCUCAAGCGCUGGCACGACUGUAACUCCAGGUGGCACAAGUUUGUGGAGGAGCAGAAGGCUCUGGAGGAGUGGCUGAGCGAGGCCGAGAGCGCCCUCACCCAGGCAGAGAGUGAUCCAGGAGCACACAGACAGCACCUCAGGGACCUGACGGAGGCCAUCCCGCCGCAGGAGGCCGUGCUGGGGCGGGUCAACUCCGCCGGGGAGGACAUCAGCGCCGCCAGUACCCCCGACCACAGCCAGCAGAUCCGCGCGCAGCUAAAGGUCCUGAACACGCGCUGGGCCAAUGUGUGCCAGCAGCUCAACGAACGCAAGAGGAGGUCAGCGGAGGCCAGGACCGCCGCCGCAGAGCUUCAGCAGGACGUGAGCUCCAUGCUGGGCUGGCUGGACCGGGCCGAGGGGGUGCUGGCCAUCCCCCUGGACCCCCCCGAACCGCAGCACAUCCGGGACACGCUGGGCAAAGUGCAGGCUCGUGUGGAGGAGCUUCCUGCCAAGAGGGCGACCGUGGACGACAUCAACGCGAGGCACAAACAGCUCGCGCUUCCUGUGGACAAGCAGAAGGACAUACGCGUCGUCAACAACCGCUGGGCGCAGGUGUCCAAAGCUCUCCCCGAGCGUCAGUUGGAGAUCGAGGGUUUGCUGAAGGAGCUGCUGAAGCUUCAGGGUCAGGUGGACGACCUGUCAGCCUGGGCCGCGACCACCAGAGGCAGACUGGAGCAGAGCCCCGAGGAGCCUCCGCCCAGAUUGAUUGAGGAAGUGGAAGCCCGUCAGCCGGAAGUGGAGGGCGUUUUGGAACGAGGUGAAGAGCUGUACAAGGAAAUUCCUCCCAGCAGCGCAGACAAGGUGAAGUUCGAUAAGUUGAAACAAGACUGGACGAUAAUAAUGGAGCUGCUCCGACAACACAAAGAGCGGAUGGCGCUCCUCGCCGCGAGAAAAGCCAAUGAAAACCUUCUGGGGAACGCUCAGGCGGAGUCGGCGGCGCUGGCCCAGUUUAACAAGUCGUGGGCGGAGCUAACGGACUGGCUGACCAUGCUGGACAACAUGGUGCAGAAUAAGAAAGUGGUGGUGGGAGAUUUGGACGAUAUUAAUGAGAAUAUCAACGCACUCAAGAGUUCCCUCCAAGAGCUCGACCAGCGACGCCCCCUAUUGGAAAAGCAAGUCACCGCCGCCCAAAACCUAAAAAACAAAACGAGCAACCAGGACACUCGCAACGCCAUCACGGAGCGCAUGGACAGGCUGCAGACGCACUGGGACGAGUCUCAGACCAAAGCGUUGGAGCGGGUGAAGCAGCUGGACGACAUGCUGCAGGACUCCACGGACUGGCUGGAGUCCAGGCGCGACGCGGAGCAGGUCAUCAAAAUGGCCCGGGAACGCCUGGACGCCUGGCAGGAGAUCACAUACACCGUGGACGACGUCAAGAGGCAGAACGCAGAACUCAAGAUGUUAGCCAAAGAGCUCCAGCAGUGGCAGGUCCCAGUGGAGCAGACCAACACUUUGGCCAACAAACUCCUCACUGUGUACGCCGACGACGACACGCACCUGGUCCGACAGAUGAACGAUGACAUGAACGCCGCCUGGACGCACAUCGGCAAACGUAUGGGCGACCGAGAAGCAGCUCUUGGCACGGCUCUGAAAACGCUGCAAAAUUUCUACCUGGAUUUGGAGAAGUUCCUGAACUGGCUGACAGAAGCUGAGACGACUUGUAACGUGCUCAUCGAUGCGACGAACAAGGAACGACUUCAAGAUCAGCCCGAAGUAGCACGAAACCUGCUAGCACAAUGGAAGGACCUGGAGGGAGAAAUAGACGGACACACGGAGAUGUACCACUCUCUGGACGAGAACGGGCAGAGGAUCGUGAUGUCACUGGGGGACACGGAAGACUCAGCCCUGCUCCGGAGAAGACUGAACAACAUGACCCAGAGAUGGACCGAACUCCGCAGCAAGACGCUAAGCAUGAGGGCUCACUUGGACUCGGAGAUGGCCCCCUGGAAGAGGCUGCACAUGUCCCUGCAGGAGCUGUUAAACUGGCUGCGGAUGAAGAACCAGCAGCUGGAGCAGGAACCGCCUGUAGGGGGCGACGUCCCCGCUGUGCAGGCCCAGCUUGACACGCACAGGGGCUUCAGGAGAGACAUGAGGGCCAAGGAGCCGGUGGUGACCAAAGCUCUGGACGAUGUUGGAACGUUUCUGUCUGAGUUGCCCAGAGAAACUCCAUCUCCUGAACAAAGAGACAUCAGCCCGGAGGAGCGAGCGCAUCACGUGGGCCGGGUCCUGCGUUCCGAGGGCGACGAGGUGACGAAGCGUUGGGAGCGUUUGUGUGCGGACGCGGCGGAGUGGCAGAGGAGGCUGGAGCUGGCUCUGGAGCGUCUCCUGGAGCUGCAGGAGGCUCAGGAGCUGCUGGACGGGCAGCUGAGGCAGGCCGAGAUGGUGCGGGACGCCUGGGAGCCCGUGGGGGACAUGGUGCUGGACUCUCUGCCCGAGCACAUCGAGAGGGUCAAGGAGUUCCAGGAAGAGAUCGCUCCCAUUGAAAACGAUGUGAAACGUAUGAACCAGCUGGCGUCCACGUUCGGACCGCAUGACAUCCAGCUGUCUCCUAGCAACCGCGAACGCAUCGAGGAACUGAACACACGCUGGGAACUGCUCCAGGUUUCCGUGGAUACAGGCAAAAACAACUCCGGCAGGAACGGAGUGAGCGAGGCCCAUCGCAAGGUAUCCAUCAGUGAACACUUGCAGGAGCUGACCGACGCGCACAAGGAGUUUUGUGUCUCCGCAGCUUCAGUGGAAAGUCCAUUCGAGCAAGGCGUUUCCCCCAAUAAUGUGCCGUACUACAUCAAUCACCAGACCCAGACGACAUGCUGGGACCAUCCCAAAAUGGCCGAACUCUACCAGUCUCUGGCCGACCUCAACAACGUUCGGUUCUCGGCGUACCGCACGGCUAUGAAGCUCCGGCGUCUUCAAAAAGCCCUCUGCCUGGACCUUCUCGGCAUGCCCACAGCCUGCGAGGUGUUGGACCAGCACGGCCUGAAGCAGAACGAGCAGCUCCUGGACACGUCCCAGCUCCUCGCCUGCCUGACCAGUCUGUACCAGCGGCUGGAGCAGACGCACUCUCACCUGGUCAACGUCCCGCUGUGUGUGGACAUGUGUCUCAACUGGCUGCUCAACGUCUACGACACAACCCGCACUGGGAAGAUAAGAACCCUGUCGUUCAAAACAGGGAUCAUCUCGCUCUGCAAGGCCCAUCUGGAGGAUAAGUACAGAUUCUUGUUCCGCCAAGUGGCCAGUGCGACGGGUUUCUGUGACCAGCGUCGUCUCGGCCUCCUCCUCCACGACUCCAUCCAGAUCCCGAGGCAGCUGGGAGAGGUCGCAUCCUUCGGAGGGUCCAACAUCGAGCCCUCAGUCCGGAGCUGCUUCCAGUUCGCCAACAACAAACCGGAGCUGGAGGCGUCCAUGUUUUUGGACUGGAUGCGCCUGGAGCCCCAGUCGAUGGUGUGGUUACCCGUCCUGCACCGCGUGGCCGCCGCAGAGACCGCCAAGCACCAGGCCAAGUGCAACAUCUGUAAGGAGUGUCCCAUCAUCGGCUUCAGAUAUCGGAGUCUGAAACAUUUCAACUAUGACAUUUGCCAAAGUUGUUUCUUCUCUGGACGCGUCGCUAAAGGACACAAGAUGCAGUAUCCCAUGGUGGAGUACUGCACCCCGACCACCUCAGGGGAGGACGUCAGGGACUUUGCCAAGGUGCUGAAGAACAAGUUUAGAACCAAGCGCUACUUUGCCAAACACCCUCGAAUGGGCUACCUCCCCGUCCAGACCAUCCUCGAGGGGGACAACAUGGAGACUCCUGUCACUCUGAUCAACUUCUGGCCCGUAGAUGCGCCUGGAUCGUCCCCUCAGCUGUCCCACGAUGACACGCACACCCGGAUCGAGCACUACGCUAAUCGGUUAGCAGAAAUGGAGACUCGUAAUGGGUCUUAUUUGAAUGACAGUAUCUCGCCCAAUGAGAGCAUCGAUGACGAGCACAUGUUGAUCCAGCACUACUGCCAGUCUCUGAACCAAGGCUCUCCCCUCAGCCAGCCCCGCAGCCCCGCCCAGAUCCUAAUCUCCAUGGAAACGGAGGAGAAGGGAGAGCUGGAGAGGGUGCUCACCGACCUGGAGCAGGAGAACAGAAAGCUGCAGGCGGAGUACGACCGUCUGAAGAAGGCCCACGACCGCAAGGGCCUGUCCCCGCUCCCGUCGCCCCCGGAGACGCUGCCCGUGUCCCCGCAGAGCGCCCGCGACGCCGAGCUCAUCGCCGAGGCCAAGCUCCUACGGCAACACAAGGGCCGACUGGAGGCGAGGAUGCAGAUUCUGGAGGAUCACAACAAACAGCUCGAAUCCCAACUGCACCGCCUCCGACAGCUACUGGAGCAGACGGACUCCAAGGUGAACGGCACCGCUCUGUCCUCCCCCUCCACCUCCUCGCAGCGCUCCGACUCCUCCCUCCCCGUGCUCAGAGUGGCCGCCAGUCAAACCACAGACACCAUGGGUGACGACGAGCUGUCCAGCCCGUCCCAGGAUGCGGGGUUGGAGGAGGUGAUGGAGCAGCUCAACCACUCGUUCCCUCAUAGUCAAGGCCCCUCCAUCGGCAGUUUGUUCCACAUGGCGGACGACUUGGGCCGCGCCAUGGAGUCUCUGGUCACCGUGAUGACUGACGAGCAGAGCGCCGAAUCGCACGAGGCCCUGCGCUUCUGACCCCGCCCCUUCAUCCUCAGCGCCCCGCCCCUUCAUCCCCCCCCCCCCCGAGCUCCGCCCUUCUCUUCUCCCCAUCCCACUUCCCUUCCCUCCCUCUCACCCGCCGCAUGCUUUUCUAGUCAAAACAACUGGAUCGGAUCACGACAGUUUACAAAGAGAAUAUAUAUAACGUCUAUUUUUGUGAAGGAUUGCGACAUCGAUUAAAAAAAAACAAACAAAAAAAACACGAAAAAAUGACAAAACUCUAUAACUUGUAGAUUUGAGUAGUUUCUUAAAAAAUACGUCCUGAGAAAUCGUUUUAUUAUUAACAGAGGCUGAUUUUUAAACUUCUAUGCAAUUGUAUAAAACGGGGGGUGUAUCGGGGUCGCGGCACAAUGACGAGAUACAAGUGUGUGUGUUGACGUGAUCGUAUCUAUCGCCAUCUAUUUGUAAACGGGGGUACUGCGCCGAAACGUUUGACAUAUUUGUAAUGGGGGGUUAAAAAAAAUACGAUUGUAAUUGUAAGGGUGCUUUUGUUUCUAUUACACUACUGGCAUCCUGGGUCUUUGCAGUACAGUUGUGUGCGUGUGUGAGUGUGAUGGUGCCUAUUUCACAUUAAUUACGAAACAUUUUGUAGUUUUGAUUUAACCGGUAUCCAUCCAUAUAAUAUUUUUUCCCUUUAUUUAAUUAUUUUGGAGUACUGUAUGUAAAAGCACUGUACACAGCCUGGGACAGAAUGGUUUGAGUCUUUUUUGGGGGGUUAAGGGAGUUUAGCGAAGGUGUCAAGCUACGUUAAACGCUGCUGUAGUUAAAGCUGUACGCCGUAACUUUUCGGGGAGAGGGUCUGAGAUCAUGUUGUCAGCGAAGAGAUGUUGUGGUUUUGCCCGGAAUGUGCUAUGUCAAUAUCGAUCUAUGCUAAAACUACUGUAUUUGCUGGAGUAUAAGUCGCUCUGGAGUAUAAGUCGCACCAAAAAAUGAAUAAUAAUGAAGAAAAAACAUAUAUAAGUCGCACCAAAAAAUGAAUAAUAAUGAAGAAAAAUAUAUAUAUAUAAGUCGCACCAAAAAAUGAAUAAUGGUGAAGAAAAAAAAAUAUAUAAGUCGCUCUAAAGUAUAAGUCGCACCAAAAAAUGAAUAAUAAUGAAGAAAAAACAUAUAUAUAAGUCGCUCUAGAGUAUAAGUCGCACCAAAAAAUGAAUAAUAGUGAAGAAAAAAAUAUAUAUGUCACACCAAAAAAUGAAUAAUAAUGAAGAAAAAUAUAUAUAUAUAAGUCGCACCAAAAAAUGAAUAAUAAUGAAGAAAAAACAUAUAUAAGUCACAUUUUUGGGGAAAUUUAUUUUACAAAAUCCGAGACCAAGAGCAAACAUUUUAUUUUUAUGUUGACAAAGUGAGUUUCAGUAUUUGAAGAGUGAAAAUAUGUCCUGAAAACACAUAAUACAUAAUAAUGACUAUACGUUGCUCUGAAAAAAAACACGUAAUAAUGAAUAAAAAGUUGCGUUUUUGGGGAUAUUUAUGUUACAAAAUACGAGACCAAGAACAGACAUUUUAGCUGUAAAGGCAAGUUAUAAUAAAAACAAUAAAAUAUAGAACAAACAGUCUGAAUAUCAGUACAUCACGCUAACGUAACACAUUUAUAUUUAUUCAGGGACAUGAAGCACAGACAGAACUGAACACGUGUCUGGUUUGUUAACGUAAGAUAUUAACAGUUAAUCAGAUAAAUAAAGCAGAAAAAACAACAAGUUUACUCUGGAUCUCACUCCAAAUCAAUAAAUCAACUGAAUUCUUCAUCAUCGGUGUCGCUUUUGAACAACUCUGAAUACCAUUUUCUUUUAGGGGCGUAUUCGUUCAGUCUUUCUCAAACGUCUUUUAAAUCACCGUAAUGUUGAAAUUUUAAAUGUUCAGUGGUUCAGGAGGAGUAGAUACUGGAACACAAGUCUAGAGCGCCCCCGUGUGGUCGUCACUGUAACAAUAAGUCGCAUCUGAGUAUAAGUCGCACCCCCGACAACUAUGAAAAGUGCGACUUAUAUUCCAGAAAAUCCGGUUGUAUCGAAACUAGAUCAUUUGAGCAGGUUUUGAUACGAAAAAAGUCACAGAAAUCAACCUAAAUGUCUUAAAAAUGAUGUUGAGUUGUGUCAGAACAAGUUUAAGACACAUAGACUAGUAAACGCCCGUGGAUCACUAUGGAACGUACCUGGAUUACACAGAAAGUACGACCAUUUAAUGUUAAAAAUCACAUUUUAUUGUCUGAAAAAAGCGCAUUUUGUUUUAUUAUCGCGGUAUCGGUAUCAAGAAUAUUCCUCAGUAUCGAAAUCCAGUUUGAAAUAUUAGUAUAACGACAACACUAGUAUCAGUCCACACGUAUUCAGUUCCACGUACGGUUAAAGAAAACAUGCACUUUUACAUUGAGAGAGACCGCCACUUCGCAGAUCUGACCUGUAACUUGGCUUUGUGGUGUCAGAUCAACUGCGUAUAGAUAAACGGGUUGCGUAGAUGAGUUAAAUGCCAUACGGUGGAACCUUCCAGGCAAAGCAACAACAUCUCCACGGAAGCAAGUAGAUGGAAAAGUCCAGAAAAGUUACGUUGUUCAGCUUUAGUCUUGGUUUAUUAUAAUGUUUGAGAUAUUCUUCGCCCAAAACAACUACUUUUUUAUGAAGUUUUGGUUGGAUUUUCCCCGUUUUGUUCCAGGCUUCGGUCCGAAAUCCAAAUUGCACUGGUUUUUCAAAGGUCCUAUUACAACCGUUAAGUGAAUGUGCUAAAAAAAAACAAAAAAACGUCGACAUUUUUGGGGUUUACGCGGCUGCUAGUUUUGAGUUUUGAGUUUCUUUUCGCUUCCUUUUGAACAGGUUAGGAUGAUGCAAGCUCUACCUCGUGCGAAUUGUCAACGUCCGUUUCGGAUUUGUCGAAACAAGUCCACCCGAGUCCACCCAGAUGCAUUGUGGGUAGUCUGGCCUGAUGUCCCAAUUACACUUUUACUUCUACUACCACACGUGUGAAAUCCGAAUGUUUAAACUCUAAAUUAUACUGCACUGCUGUCACUGACUUCAUAUGUGGAGGAUGCAUUCAUUCUAGCAAAUUUUUGUCGUUUUGUUAGCGUUAUUUUGUUAGCAUGUGUGGCGAAAAUACAUUUAUAUUUAAAGUCUAACCACUCAGAGAAUCUCGAGUGUAGGAGGUGUGUGCGUUUUGUGUUAUGUUUUUGGCAGCAUGAUCCAAAAGUUUUGUUGUUUUUUUUUUGUUUUUAAACCCGACGGACACUGAUUUGAAACUGUUCUAACUUUUGUGUUCUCAUCGUCACCAUCCUCAUGUCUGAAAUAACGCGUCAACGUCACAACAUAUCAGAUUCCACCAAAUAUAUGCCUUACUACUGUACUAUAAAUGCUUUACUGUAUCAAUAAAGCACGCAGUUAUGUUCAUCA